AUGCCAUUCAGACUGGCUGAGUACGACCUGCAACCACUCGCAGGUCCCUCGAACGCGCUCGCUCGUCCUCAGAACGCUUCAUCAGCCCACUCGCUCGACCUCCCGUUCGUCGACCUCGACAACCCUCCGCGGAAGAAGCCGAGGCUGUCAAGCGGACGAGACACUGUCUCUGAGCGCGUGGCAGGCGGCGCAAAGGGCAAGGCGGCGGAAGUGAUGGUGCUCGAGGACGACGACUUUGAUGAGGCUAUGCAGGAGGAGUGGGAGGGCGACUGGGACGACGGGGCGGCAGACGGGUCAGCUGAGGAGCAAGACAAGCUCCAGCAGCUCGAGGCAGAACUCGCCAGUCUCGACAAUCAGAUCCGCGAGCUACAGCGCUUGCGCAACGAGGUUCGCACUGAGCGCGAUACCGUCAAGGCUACCAUCGCGAGCCGGAAGAGUAGCGCGCCGAAGACCAAAUCCGCCGCGGCCUCCCGUCCUUCUGCUGGCGCUAUCGACUACACCUCGAAGCGCUUCUCGUGGUCCGACGAAGCCGAGCGCCUUGCAGGCGACAUUUGGGGCGUCAAGAAGUGGCGACCUGGGCAGGAAGGCGCAUUCAACGCGACGCUUGACGGGCGCGAAGUCGUCGCGGUCCUCCCGACAGGCGGCGGCAAAUCCCUCAUCUUCCAGAUCCCGGCGCUCCUCUCGAAGGGCACGACUAUAGUCAUCACGCCGCUCAUCUCGCUCAUGUCGGACCAGGUGCACAACUUGCACGCUCGCGGCGUCGCGGCCGAGAUGAUUCAUGCCUCGACCUCGCAGUCCGAGAUCAAGGGGAUCAUGCAGCGCAUGCUUGGGACAGUGGGCUCGAAGGGAAAGGGGAAGAAGGCGGCUGCCGCGGCGGAGCAGGCCGAGGAGGUCAAGCUCGUCUACGUCACGCCGGAGCGCAUCGAAAAGAGCAAAACGUUCGUCAACACGUUGCAGAAGAUGUACGACGCCGGCCUUCUUGCCCGCUUCGUCAUCGACGAGGCGCAUUGCGUGUCCAUGCAAGGCCACGACUACCGCACGUCGUACCUCUCCCUCCAACGCCUCAAAGUCCUCUUCCCGUCUACCCCGAUCCUUGCCGUCACCGCGACUGCACCGCAGACCGUCGUCGCCGACAUGCUCAAGAUCCUGACGCUUCCGUCCAAGCUCUCGCGGGGCAAUGCCGCGAUGCCGAAGACGACAGUUCUUUUCACCGCGCCGCUCUACCGCCCAAACCUGCGCUACGCGAUCGUGCCGAAACCCUCGUCUGCCCAAGCUGCGCUCGACGCCAUUGUCGACUGGAUCCUCGAGAACCGCAAGGGCUCGACAGGCAUCAUCUACACGCUCAGUCGCGCCGACAGCGAGAACCUCACGAAAGGCAUCAACGGCCACGACCGCGCCAAGGGCAAGUUGCGCGCCGCUUUCUACCACGCCUACCUCGAAGAUGCCGACAAGCAGCGCGUGCACGAGAUGUGGAUGAGCGGAAAGAUCCAGGUCGUCGUGGCGACGUCCGCAUCGUUCGGGCUCGGCAUCGACAACCCGAAUGUCCGCUUUGUCAUUCAUCACUCGCUACCCAAGUCGCUCGCCAACUACCAGCAGGAGAGCGGACGCGCCGGGCGAGAUGGCGAGCCGGCUGACUGCGUGACGUUCUGGAGGGCUGCCGACGCCUCCCGUCUCUCGUCGCUCACCUACGAGACAUUCCACACCGGCGGAAAGGACAAGCUCUACGAAGUUGUGCGCUUUGCGGAAGACAAGAAGACCUGCCGCAAGAUCCUCUUCGGCCGCUACUUCCGCAACUCAUACGACUCGUCCGUCAAUACUGGGGAAGACUCGGACAAGCCUUGCGGGCAUUGUGACAACUGCCUUCGCGACCCGGCUACCGUCUCGUCGAUCGACAUCUCGCUCCAAGCCUACCGCGCCCUCCGCAUCAUCUCUUCAGCGACCUCCCAGCGCGGCACGCUCACCCUGCCGCAAGCAGCCGACCUCGUCCGCGGUCUCGGCGGCGGAAGCUUCUCGACGCAGGAGGUAAAGGGCAAAGGGAAGGGCAAGGUCGACGUGCAGGCCGUCGCGGGAGAAAAGGUCACGCUCAGCAAAGACCAGACGGAGCAGAUGCUGUUGCGGCUGCUCGUCGAUGGUUUCUUGAAGGAGGAGUUCCACGCUACUGCCUACGCCGUUAACUCGUACCUCCACCCCGCCUCGAAGGCCCUUCGCUUCACUCGCCUCUCACCGGACGACGUCGACUCGUCAAAUUUGCCGCUCAACCUGACGAUGGACGUCCUCGUCGGCGCCGGCUCGAAGCGCAAGAACGGCUCGGCGCAGAGCGACGGCAAAGCGCCGAAGAAGCCGAGGACUAAGAAGGCUGCGCCCGUCGCGCUCGAGACGGACAAUGAGAGCGAGACCGACUUUCGCCGGACUAUCAGGGGUGGCACGUUGCAGGACGACGUCGAUGCCGACGAGGAUGAGCUCGAGGCGUGGGAGUCGGCGCUUGGAGCGGGCACGAGCAGCGACGCUGCAUUGGACGAAGACGGUUGGGCGAGCGUCAAGACGUCGAGGAAGGCGAGCGCGGAAGGCACGGGCGUUCUCGAGCUUGACUGA